AUGAAACCACAUUAUGAAUGUGCUGCAACCGGAUCAGAAGAGUAUCAUUCAUGUAAAAGAGAAGAAUUUUGCGGCAACAGUGAUGUUAGUUGGAGAAUAGAUUAUAGCAAGAUCGAAACUUUGAAUAAUUGGGUGCAGAAAUUGAAUCUCUUUUGCAUCUCAGAUAAUUAGUUAGGACUAAUUGGGUCAUCAUUUUUUAUUGGAGCAUUCAUUGGGAGUUUGAUAAUCCCAAGACUAGCUGAUGUUUAUGGAAGAAAGAGACCAUAUUUGUUUGGACUGUGUCUCUAUGCAUGUACUGCUUUUAUCUAUCCAUUUAGUACUAGCCUUUAUCUCAACUAUUUCUUGAUAUUUUUGGGAGGUAUUUCUGAAUCUGGUAGAUACUAUGUUGGAUUUGUUUACCUGCAAGAGUUAAUGCCUCAGUCACACUAAACUUAUAUAGGCUUGAAUAUCUUUAUGGUCCAUGGCUUUGCUAAGCUUUGGUAUGAUGUGUAUUUCUAUAAAAUUUCAAAGAACUGGAUUUUUAUGAACUAUUCUUCCAUAAUCAAAGCCAUUUUAUGCUUAAUAUCAGUGCAUUUUAUUCUUCCUGAAAGCCCAAGAUAUCUGUUAAGCUCGAACUAGAAUGACAAAGCCAGAGAAAGCUUUAGGAAGAUAGCGAGGUUUAAUGGCAUUAAAACAGAUCAGAGUGAUAUUGGAGAUUUUGAAUUAAGCGAUUAAAAUAAGAGAAAUUCAAAUGGUAAUCAUAAGGAGUCACUGAUAAACCAAGAAGAGUAGAUUGAGAUUGUGAGCAAAUAGGAAAAUUAGAAUAUUAAGGAUAAUAUGCUAUUGGAUGAUUAAGAAAUUUCUUAGAGUGAGUAAAAGGAAAAGCUAUUAUAAAAUCAGUAUUUGAAUCCUACUAUAUAGCCAGUUAAAAAGGUGGAGAAAGUAUAGAGACUGAUAAAUGAGAAGAUCUUUAGGAAUAAUUUAUUGAUUAUGAUUUUCUCAUGGUCCACAGCUUCAUUUGGCUUCUAUCUUAUUCCUUAUUUCCUCUCAAGCAUUAAUACCCUAUUGCAUGAGAAUCGAUAUAAUGUAUUUGAGCUUGCAAUUGCCUCCUCAAUCUCUGAGAUCCUUGCAAACGUAUUUUGCUAUGUGAUUACUAGCAUCUUUCCGAACAAGAAAAGUUUGAUUCUAAGUUACAUUCUGGCUUUCUUUGGAAGCAUGGGAUUUUGGGUGGCCAAAGAUACUGUGCUUUCCAGUUCUAAUAUUUUAUACUAUGUUUUAUUCUCUAAAUUUGGGAUUACUGUUGCUUUUGAUGUGACUUAUGUUAUAAUGGGUGAAUUGUUCCCAACUCUGUUGAAAGCCACUGCUUUUGGUAUUUGUAAUGUAAUUGCUAGAUUUAUAACCAUUCUAGCUCCAAGGAUAGCUUUACUACCUCAGCCUUAUCCAAUGCUAAUAUUUUCUUUCAGUUGUUUGAUUGCAGGAUUACUAGGAUUAAUGCUUAAACCGAUUUAUUGA